CACCCGGAAGCGGAGGGCGCGGCACGUGGGACAUGUCCGGGAUCGUGCGGCGGCCCGCGCUGUUCGGGCGGCUGAAGGCGGCGGUCAUUGGGAUGGUGCACGUGGGAGCGCUGCCAGGGACACCAAGAAGUUCUCUUCCAUUGACCCAGAUCGUUGAUCAAGCUUGUCAAGAAGCAGAAGCUUACAGGGAUGCUGGAAUUGAUGGCUUGAUAGUGGAAAACAUGCACGACCUCCCGUACACGGUGUGUCCUGGGCCGGAGGUCACGGCAGCGCUGACAGUGGUUGGUGCUGCAGUGAGACAGAGCUGCCCCUGUCUCCCACUGGGUGUCCAGGUCCUGAGUGCUGCAAACCAGCAGGCAAUAGCAGUGGCUCUGGCUGCAGGUCUUGAUUUUAUCCGGGCUGAAGGGUUUGUGUUUUCUCAUGUGGCUGAUGAAGGGAUUAUAAAUGCCUGUGCAGGUGACCUGCUACGAUACAGAAAACAAGUUGGAGCAGAGAACAUUCAGAUUUUUGCUGAUAUUAAAAAGAAACAUAGUGCCCACGCCCUGACGGCCGAUGUCGGCGUGGCCCAGACGGCCGAGGCUGCCCAGCUCUUCCUGGCCGAUGGGGUGGUGCUGACCGGCACAGCCACGGCUCUGCCUGCGGAUCCCCGGGAGCUGCGAGAGGUUAAGCGUGCUGUGAAGAUUCCUGUGCUGAUUGGGUCUGGAGUGACUCUGGAGAAUGUGGGGAAUUACUUGGAUGCAGAUGCUCUAAUAAUGGGUUCGUAUUUCAAGAAAGAAGGUUAUUGGGCAAAUGCUGUGGAUCCUGACCGAGUAAAGAAAUUUAUGGAGCACAUAAGUCCACUGAGGGAAUGAGCUUGUCAGUAAACAGUACUUGCUUGUGUGUGUGUGUAUAAAUGCAGCACGGUACAUUGUACAGAAUUAAAGCACAAAUGUGUGGCUGAAUGGUGAAUAACAUCAAAUAAAAAUGCACAUAAUCUCCAUAACUAGCUGGGAAACAAAGUGGUGACACUUUGCAGUGAACUGGUGCUCUGAUGUUUGUUUCCAGGCAGCACAUUUCUGUGGUGCUCAAAGCCAUCACCAAUGCAAACCCAAUCCUGAAGGCUUGUGUGAUAUGUCCUCUCCUAUAACUGAAAUGCCUAUGGAGUUUAAGAAUUUGCAGUAAAUAUUCAUCACAGGAGAGCUGAGUUCUGUUUUGCCUUUAAGUACAAUAGGAUGCACUAAGUUUACAGCUAAAAGUAUUGUAAAUUGGACAAGUUAAUUAGCCUUUCAGUUUCCCCAUCUGUAAAAUGAUAAUAGUACCUGCAUCACACAGGGGCAGUAAGACAUAAUGAAUGAGUGGAUGUACAG